CGGAUCCGUUUGCUGACCGCCCCCUUCUUUUCGUUACAAUUUAUUCCUGAUUCAAUAAUUCAAACAGUGCACCAAAACAAACAGUACAUGCAUCGUGAAAUCCUCUCAUCUGUCAUCUUAUCAAACCGCGUCCGAUACUGCUUCAUUAUUUCGCAACAAAGACAGCCAUCGACACGUCAAAAUCAGGUUAUCUGAAAGGAUCGACCUGCACUGCGGUCCGACCUCUUACUGUGAUGCAAGUUAUUGGGAACUUCGCUCUGCUCGGAAAAUAAAGGAAAUAGUUUGUGACAAAAUCCUUUUUCUGGAAUAAAACUCCAAACGACGGAAAACGACAGGCAACUGUAUUAUGACGUAUCGUGAAUCUGACACUUUUGAAAUAACCUUUCUGCGCAGAAGGAAGUCAUUCGCUGGGUACUAUGCAGAAAGAUUCAUAAUGACAAUAAAGUGUUUUUCGAAUGUUCAAAUAAUUGUUUCAUUGUUUGACACGGCGAUGUUUUCAUAGUGGAUAUCUUUGAUAAUGUAAUGGCGGCGAGUAGUUCGGAUGGUAGUUGUGAGGAUUUGGCUUUAAUGUCAAUAGAAGACAGCUGUAGCAGGUAUAGCUCAACUGUUGGAAAGUGUCCUCUGUGUGGCAAUUAUAAAAAGGCAUUUUAUUGCAAACAGUGUGUUCAGAAUGGAGACUUCAUUCAUUCGAAAUGUAUGCAAUCGUUGUACCCUGGUCGGAAGAUGUCUUCUUCCUUCGAUCAUGUUAUUUAUCGGAGAUUCGCGGAUAAACAAAUUAACCUCUUGCGGUUGAAGAAUGACAAGUGUCAGGUAGAGAAGCAUUGUGAAGAAUUGCUGUGGAAGCGGUUAAAAGCAAAUGAAUUGCAAUGUGAAAUAGAUGCUUGCAAAGAAAGAAUACGUCUUUUGGAAUUACUGAAUAAAGAGACUGCACUCAACAUUGUAAAAGGCCGAAAUGACGUAGCAGCCUUAAUAGAAACAAACAAGCAGCGAGCAGAUCGCUUGCCACGAUAUGAGGAGCGUGUCUGCCGUUUGCAGCAGUUUGUUGCCAACCUAUCUGAAGAUGUUGAAGAAAGGCGUCAGUCCUUGCAGAAAAUUCAAGAUGAGCUGAAGCACGUUAUAAGGUCAAGCAUACAGCAACUUGUGCAGUACAUCUUCCCCAUAGCACAAGUUCCAUCAGCUCAGAGUGAGGAAGACAAUGAAACACAAGAUACUGUUAGUGCCUUGGCUGAAGCAACUCGCACUGCUUAUGUUAAAGGCAAAUGGGUAUUUACCGACAGUUCUGGGGAACUACACCAUUGUAUAGUAGCCCCAUCACUUCCUGGGUCUGGAGAUUAUUCUGCUUAUAAUGCUUGGGUUGCUGCAAACAGGGAUGGUGUUCCUAGUGGUAACAGUGAUGUUGACCACAAUGCAGCAUACAACAUUAGUGCUGCCCUUACAUACACAACCCAGUUGAUCAAUGUAUUGGCAUUUUAUUUGGAUGUAUGGUUGCCAGCAAAAUUGAGUUACAGUGAUUUUUGCAGCCAUGAAAUGAGUGACCAUCAAUUUGCAAGAAGAGUAGCAAGACUUAAUACAAACAUCCUCCAUCUUUGCUUUUCGCAAAAUGUAAAUCCUGAGCUCCUGAGACCAUCGCACACACUACAGAAUGUGCUUCACUUAUUAAACACACAAGUUAGUGACUUGGGCAGGCAAGGACCAUUUGAAGUGGACUGCAAUCUCACUAAAUCACUAGAAGAACAACUGGCACGAGAAUUGGGUCAGAAUGAGAGCUCUGAUUCAGAAGAUGAGAGUGAUAAUUUGCCAAUGGAAUGGGAAGCAGUGCCCCAUGUUUCAUGUCCAGAAAGUUCUCCUGGCCCAAUGAGCUUAGGGUCGCAGCAAGCUCUGACCAGCACUCAACAAGCUACAAGUAUGGCUGGUGGUUUAGUUACCAGUGCAGCAGCAAGUAUUGCUUCCAUAUGGAGAGGUUGGACAGGAAACAGAUAGAAUAUGGCUAUAGCUUUAUAUAUUAGUUUUUUAAUGUAUACAUUUGUGCAUGGCAAAAAAGUCGCUAUGGUGUGUUAAUGUACAUUUAUUAGUAUAUUUUCCCCAUGGAGGCUUCUUUUUUGCAGUUAUCUCCUCUUUCACUGUAAAGGUUUGCUUUUUUCAGCGGUAUCACAUUUUUUGCUGAAGUUACCAAUUUGCACUUGAACCGCCAUUUUUUAAAAUGACAGUGGGAGCCACUAUUUUGUGUAGGUGGUGUUCAUUUUCUCUGGGUAGUGCUGGUGAUCCCAAUAAACUAAAAUGAGAUUUAUAGACUCCGACUGGUGAUUCUUGUACGCCUUUGAUUUUAUACUCAAAGUUUUCGUCGUAUAUGGCUUUGUAUUGUUUCGUGUAGAACUCAAGUUUCUCUAUUGCACACUUCAAUUUAUGAACAUUUUUUUCUCAGUAAUAAAAUUUUAUUAUAUUGGAUUCACGAG